CGGCCUCCCACUGCCUGGCGGGCCUCCAGGCCCCAGACACGCCCCUCUUGCCCCCUUGGUCACCCCCUCCGAUUCCGCCGGGGCUUGACCUUGCACUCCUCCGCGCGCCUUCGGUGUUUCCCAGGCGGAGCCUUCUGGGAACUUGAGGCCACCUUCCCGAGCACGUAGUCCUAGCAGAGCUGUUUAUUUACUCACUUUUCCAAAUCCAAACACACAGCCACUCACUCCACACCUAAGGGUUUUGGAUUCUGCAGGGAGACGUUCCCCUUCCCUAGUAUUUGUGCGUCGUAGACCCGCGUCCACUCCCCACCCCCACCGCAACUUUGGGACCAUUCUCGAGCUCUUCUCUGUUCGGGACCUGUUCGGGACCCUCUCCCAGCUCUCGGUUUGGAAAUCCGACUUCGAUAGAGUACUUAAUUUGUAGGAAGAAGAUGCUCUGUUUUAUGGACCUGAGUAUUCCUGAGACUGAAAUGUAAGAAGACUUUAUGUUGGAUAACAGGAAGAGGUGUAGAGUUUGCAGGUAUCAACUGUGGUCUUACUAAGCAUGUCAAUAGCAUCAAUGCCAGAUAGACGGCACAUGUGGCUGGUGGCUGCCAUAUUGACAGUGCAAUUCUGGAAGGUGGAGAGCCUAUGACACAAAUUUAAUUAAAAGGUCCUAUUACCACUGGAUUGUGCAAGAUUUUUAACGCUAUUUUCUUUGAAUUAUGAUUUAAUAUCAAACAUCUUAAAUUUUUUUAAAAAAGGGAAAAAUUUUAGUUUUGGAAGUCAGAAUGCCAAGGAAAAGGAAAAAUCUUGGGGGAAAUCCUAUUCAGAAGACUGCAAACUCUAAGGAAGUUGUCGUAUCCAGUCUUGCUAGUCAUGAGGAGUCAACCACUACCCUUCCUUCCGUGUGUGAGACAAACACUGAUCAGGAAGAACUCUUCACCAGUAUCUCAGAGAUGUUUUCUGAUCUGGAUCCUGAUGUAGUGUAUUUGAUGCUUUCUGAAUGUGAUUUCAAAGUUGAAAAUGCCAUGGAUUGUCUAUUAGAAUUGUCUGCCUCUGAUGCCAAGAUAGAAGGAUCAUCUGCAGAAAACUUUGUUGCUUCUGAGAACCAGCCAGUUGAAACAGGAAGUGAAAUAAUGGAGAAGUGUCCUCUUGAAGAAGAGAGUGAAGAUUCGAAGAUGGAUUCAUUUCUGGAUAUGCAGCUGACUGAAGACUUGGAUUCCUUAAUACAGAAUGCUUUUGAGAAAUUGAACUCUUCUCCUGAUGACCAAGUAUACUCAUUUUUGCCUUUGCAAGAUGUUAAUAGUUUUAAUGACCCAAGUAAGUUUAUAAAUUCACAUUCAAGUAGUACGACUCCUGUCCAUUCUAUGCAAAAUAUGGAUUCCAACAGUGAGAAUUUAGAAAAUUCUGUCUCUACAGUAAGUUCAAACCCAUUAACUUCACAUUCAGUUUUGAAUGGGUCCAGAAGUUUUAUAAAGGAUAACACUUUGGUUUUGGAAGAUGAUUACCAAGAAGAUUCUCAUCUCAGUAGUUCUUUAAAUCCAACAAAUGACUCUAUCAUGGGUUGUAGCAAUCUCAAUCAGAGACAGAGCGAGUUUUUAGAAUCUGAGCGUGUUGAGGCUCAACUUUCCGAAGCGUCUGUAAAUUUGGAUGCUAAUGAACCUCAAGCUUCUUUAAACCUUCCUGUGCAAAAUUCAGGGUGUGAUUUGCCAGAUACUGGUGGGAAUCAGAGGUCUACUUCUGUCUCUGAUAUUUUUGUACCUUCUGAAGGGUUCAAUUUCAAGCCACACAAACAUACUGAACUACCACCAAAGGGGAAGGAUAUGAAUUACUGCCCAGUACUUACCCCUCUCCCUUUACUGCUUCCUCCUCCUCCACCUCCACCAAUGUGGAAUCCAAUGAUUCCUGCUUUUGACCUCUUUCAAGGAAGCCAUGGGUUUGUGGCUCCUGUUGUAACCACAGCUGCACACUGGAGACCCGUUAACUACACAUUUCCACCCUCGAUCAUUUCUCACACUUCCCCAACAAAGGUAUGGAGAAACAAAGAGGGAACAAGUGCUUAUCAAGUACAAGAAACUCCGGUUUCUCAAGUUGUAAGAAAGAAGACAACAUCAUAUGUUGGACUAGUUCUUGUUCUUCUCAGAGGCCUUCCGGGAUCAGGAAAAUCUUUUUUGGCGAGGACUUUGCAAGAGGAUAAUCCAAGUGGAGUCAUUCUUAGUACUGAUGAUUAUUUUUAUAUAAAUGGACAGUACCAGUUCGAUGUAAAGUACUUAGGAGAAGCACAUGAAUGGAACCAGAAUCGUGCUAAAGAAGCAUUUGAGAAGAAGAUAUCACCAAUAAUAAUAGACAAUACAAACCUACAGGCCUGGGAAAUGAAGCCAUAUGUUGCUUUGUCUCAAAAACAUAAAUAUAAGGUCCUCUUCCGGGAACCAGACACAUGGUGGAAAUUCAAACCGAAGGAGCUUGCAAGGCGUAAUAUUCAUGGGAUAAGCAAAGAAAAAAUAACAAGAAUGUUAGACCACUAUCAACGUUUUGUUUCAGUGCCAAUAAUCAUGAGUUCUUCAGUUCCAGAGAAAAUUGAACGUAUUGAAUUAUGUGCAUAUUCUUGUGAGGAUAGAAGUUCCAGCCCAAGAGACAAUGAAGAUAUUACCUCUGAAAAAGAAGAAAAUGUUUUAUCCUCAUCACUGAAGCAUCUAGAGUUAAUUGAAGAAAAGAAUCCUGAAGUGACCAAAGAAACGGUGUUGCCUGAGAAUAUUACAUAUCUCCCCCAUGCAGAUAUAAGCAAAGGAAGGAAAGAAAUAAGUGGUAUACAUCAUAACACUCAGAGUCAGUUCAUUCAGGAAGCUGCACACAUCUAUCUUUCAGACUCUGGAAGCAAAGUUCAAGUAGCAGACAAGAGAGAAAAAGAAGAGCAAGUAGAAAUGACAUCUGAAAAACAGUGUAUUAAAACUGAUGCAGAUAGAGUAUCACCAAGUAUUUGCUCUGGUGAAAAUAAUCAAGACUGCGAUCUGGCAAAUACUGGACCACUUCAAAAUGAAAAAUCUUCACCUGGUGAAAUAUUAGAAGAAAGAACAACAAUAAAGAAAAAGGCCUUUGGGAAACAAAAAAGCAAAUCACCUUCAGAAAAGUUUCCAAGACAUGAGCUAUCGAAUUUUGUUGGUGAUUGGCCAGUUGAUAAGACUAUUGGUCAGAGAACAAAAAGGAACCGAAAAUCUGAAAAAGCUUCAUCUAUACAAAGUGACAAAAAGUAUAGUCGCCCUCAGUCACGCAAAGUAUCAGAUAAUAGUGUGUCCAUGAUUACAGAUCAUAUCCAACAACAAGGAUCUCCAUAUGAAAGUGUAGAUGAUGGCAGGAAGUCGCAGUGUGAUGAUUCUUCAGAAUUUCUCAAUAGCUGUAAAUAUGAUACUUAUAAAAAUCCUGACAAAAACUCAUUUAAUAUUGUGGGUGACUGGCCUUCAUCUGAUUCUUUAGCUCAGAGAGAGCAUAGAUCAAAAAUGCCAAAGGCUGGUUUAAGUGAACCCAACCUAGAAUUUGGAACUAAUGAUAAUAUGAAUGAAAUAUCCUUAUAUACAACACAAGCCUGUUGGGGCACAUGCCCUAAAGAACUAAAAUUGUUGGGGAGCUCCACUCUACAAAGUGCUGACAUGAUACCCAGUGAAAUGACCCAGGAGAAUCAAACUUAUCUAAGUAAAAUGAUUCAUGGGCAGCACACAUUGCCUCUAACUUUCACUAGUAAUACAGCAACCAUUACUGGAGUGGUAGGGCCAGAAAUUCUAGCUGAAUUUCCAGGGGAAAUGCCUAGAGGAGUCCCCGGAAUAGAAGUAGGCACAUGUACCCAGACUGAACCACAGGAUUUUGCUCUGUUAUGGAAAAUAGAAAAGAAUAAAAUCAGUGUUUCAGAUUGUAUCAAAGUAUUAAUAGGAAGAUUAGAUGGAUUUAAACCAAAAGCUUUCAAUAUUAACACAAAGUCAAAUGUUCAAGAGACAAUUCCAUAUAGGGUAAUGUAUGAUAAAAGCACGUAUGUUGAAGAAAGUGAACUUACCAGUGCUGAUGAAUCUGAAAAUCUUAACAUCCUUUGUAAGCUGUUUGGAUCUUUUUCAUUAGAAGCCUUAAAAGAUUUAUAUGAAAGGUGUAAUAAAGAUAUUAUUUGGGCCACAAGUCUUCUGUUGGAUUCUGAAACUAAAUUAUGUGAGGAUACCGAAUUAGACAAUUUCCAAAAAUCAUAUGAUGAAUCACAAGUUGGACCAUUUUCUAUGGGAUUGAAUUUGAAGGAAAUUAUUAGCCAAAGAGAAACAGUAGAGGAUUCUAAUUCUUUUGUGCCAGAAAUUAGUCCUGGAAUCUGUAUCAGUAAUAUUAAUUCACAGUCUAGCUAUAAUGCUGAAAAGUUAAACUCAGAGCAGGCAGAAAUAAGAGCCAUAACUCCUGAAAAGCUUGGAUCAAUAACAAAUGUAUUUCCUAAUGCUGCUGUAGAUCUGAAGAGUAAUAGUGAAAUACUUCCUAACAGCCAGGUAGAACUAUCAGGUUUAUGUAGCUUCAAGCAGUCUCUUCCAGUUCUUCUAAAAUCCGCUACCCCUAAAGAUGUGAGUGAAAUAGAGAACAGUCUAGUAGCGGCAGAGACUGAAGAUGGUAUGCGUUCUUCUUUAAAUUUAUCAGAUAUUUUAAACUCUGUAUCAAGUACUUCAAAUCUUGAAUUAAAUGAAGAAGUUUACUUUACUGACUCUUUGGAAAUAAAGAAAAAUGAAAAUCUUUCAAAAGAUUAUGUGAAAUUUGUGAACUCUGAAGAAUUUAUGAAUGUAGAUGAACAGGAAAUGGAGAAAAUUCUAAUGGCAGGAAAUAGCUUGUCAGUUGGAGUUAAUGAAGAAGAUAAAACUGAGAUAUUGAAUCCCAUGCCAGGGAUGGCCAAAUCUCUGACCAUAGACUGUCUGGAAUUGGCAUUACCCCCAGAACUGGCUUUUCAACUCAAUGAAUUAUUUGGCCCAGUUGGUGUUGAUUCAGGGUCUCUAACAGUUGAGGAUUGUGUGGUUCAUAUAGAUCUGAAUCUGGCUAAAGUGAUUCAUGAGAAAUGGAAAGAAUCUGUAAUGGAGCGACAAAGACAAGAGGAAGUAUCUUGUGGCAAGGUUAUUCAAGAUUCUUCCCUGGUUGGACAUAUUGGUCUUGAUAAUCCUGAACAAAAAUCAUCUCAGAGAACAGGCAAAAAAUUGCUGAAGACUUUAGCAGCACCCGAAAUGCUCCCCUUGUUGGAUCAUUGGAAUACUCAAACUAAAAAAGUAUCACUCAGAGAAAUAAUGUCGGAAGAAAUUGCCUUACAGGAAAAACAUGAUUUGAAAAGGGAGACACUUAUGUUUGAAAAAGAUUGUGCCACUAAACUAAAGGAGAAGCAGCUCUUUAAGAUAUUUCCAGCCAUUAACCAAAAUUUUCUGGUGGACAUUUUCAAGGAUCACAACUAUUCGUUAGAACACACAGUGCAAUUUUUAAACUGUGUUCUCGAAGGAGAUCCUGUAAAAACAGUUGUAGCUCAAGAGUUUGUUCACCAAAAUGAGAAUGUCACUUCUCAUACUGCACAGAAGACUAAAGAGAAAAAGGCAAAGAAAUUGAAGGAGACUGAAGAUACCCCAAGUGAACCAUCUUUCCAGGAUUUCGAGUACCCUGAGUAUGAUGACUACAGGGCAGAGGCUUUCCUGCACCAGCAGAAGAGGAUGGAAUGCUAUAGCAAAGCUAAGGAAGCUUACCGAAUGGGGAAGAAAAAUGUUGCCACCUUUUAUGCCCAGCAGGGCAGUCUUCAUGAGCAGAAAAUGAAAGAAGCCAACCACCUUGCUGCUGUGGAGAUCUUUGAGAAAGUUAAUGCCUCCCUGCUGCCGCAGAAUGUCUUAGACCUCCAUGGGCUGCAUGUGGAUGAAGCAAUAGAACAUUUGAUGACAGUUUUACAGCAGAAAACUGAAGAGUUUAAACAGAAUGGUGGUAAGCCCUAUCUUUCUGUGAUUACUGGGAGAGGAAACCACAGCCAGGGAGGAGUUGCUCGCAUCAAACCAGCUGUCAUUAAAUACCUCACAAGCCAUAGCUUCAGGUUCUCUGAAAUUAAACCAGGGUGCUUGAAAGUCAUGCUAAAGUAAAAUAAAUGUCCUUGACUUAGAAGUAUGAAGGUUUGUAGGUUAAAAUUAGUUUUAUUUGAAAUAAUUCAAUCAAUUCUGCUUUAAACGUGUGUUUAUUAGGAACAAUGUUCACUUAUAAGAAAAAAAAUUGUUUUUCAAAAUUGAAGAGAAGUUUAAUUUUUUUACUGAAUCAAAUUCCAAGUAAUGUUACCUGUUAAAAAUAUUAAAGAGAAUUUUUAUGGAUUACAAAAUGUCUAAGAAAAUUAUCAGCUGCAAUUUUAAAGUCUGAAGUGCUCUGAUUCUUUCUCAAAGAGAAAAUGCUACCUUUGUAUUAAUUGUUGUUUGACAUUUAGCAAAGUCCUAAAGGCUUCUGUGAGAGGUAAUGUGCUUUGAGAACUGGUUCAAACCAGUUCAGAGGUGUGUAUUAAUAUUAGUAAAGAAAGAAAGGCUAUUUAACAACAACACUUGAAUUCUUUUUGCUUUUGAAGCCAAAUACAUAAAAUCAUUUCAUUUUAUCUGUCCUGCAGAAGGGAACUCGUUGUCAUACUUUUUUCUGCUUUGUAUGUGGCUCAUCUCUUUCCUUUUGUUCUGUUCUUCUGUGUAUGCAUUUUCUAUGAGGAAAGUUGGGUCUGAGAUUAUCUUGCAGUCUUAUCCUUUCCAUAGGCUGAAAGGUCUUCAGAGGUGAGAUGGUGGGCUGUCUGCCACUUGUUACUGCCUUCUAGGACUCCCAGAACCAACCAUUUGCCUGAGUGGCAGCAAAGACAGCACUAAAGAACUAUAUUUUAUAUUGGGGGCAUGUAACUUCUAAACUAGUAGGUCACAAUCCUGUUAAUUUAAAUCAGAAGACAUUUUUAAUAUCAUCAUAAAAGGAAUCUGUCCAGUUUAAAAGAUUUUUACGUUUAUUUUGAAAAAGAGCCAACUUUCGGAAACUUUCAUUGACUCCUCUUGUUUCAUUAGCUAACAAGUCCUGUAAGUAUGUAAAGUAUAAUUUUUUAUACAGGUUUAGUGUGGUAAUGUAUAAUUUUUUAGUAUGAGAUAGUUACUAAAAUAAAUUUGAUUUUGGAUAUAUAGAAUACUUUCAACAUAUAAUUUUCGCAAACAAUUGUGUUGCUUUUUAUUUAGUUUAAAAAAUCAUUUGGACAGGAAUAAUAGGAUUGUUACCAAAAAUAUCCUGGAAAUACAGAAUGAUUUCCCAAAUAAGCAAACAUUUUAAUGAAAAUAACACUCAAAAAAUGUGUUUUCAUAAAUCAUCCAUGCAUGCUUUUAAAAGAAAAAGCCUAUCUUUGAAUUUAUUUCCACAAAAAGGAAUAUAUGUUUAUUAUUUAGAAAUGCUAAUGACUGGUGAAGUAUUAUUCACUUUCUUACAUUUGUAAUAAUUCAUGGGAAAACAUGCCAAUAAACUAAACUGCACACUUUUGUAAUGUUUAGAAGUGUUGUAUACAUUAAAAUAGGCAAUUCCUUUUGACAAUUUAUUAUAAAAUUAUACUUGUUAAUGAAAUAAAAAUAUCCCUAUGUAUAAAUUAAUAUGAUUUAAAAGAGAUUAAAAACAACACUAAAAUGUGGAGUAUUGGAGUAUAUGCAGUUGCAUACUCACUUUUUGUGUCUAUAUUUUCUCACCUGGUUAAAAAAAUAUCACUUUUGAGCCCUUCGGCCAGAUUUACUUCAAUAUUAUGAUGAUAAUGAUUGUUAAUAGGGGAGCAGUCAAAAGUAGUUAUGGUAGUCUAUGAGUAAAACCUAAAUGAAAGAAGCUAUGUUCUAUACUGUAUCAACUUCAAUUUUAUGUCUUAUUUUGGUAAAUCUGGUAAUAUUUCUUCAUUACCAUUGAUAAAUUUGCAAGCAGAGUUUGUGCAUCAUAAAUAUUUUUAUGAAGUUGUUUAAACCUAUACUACCUCCUGCCCUCCUACCUAGUAUAGUUUAAGUAACACGUAAUUUGGGAAAGAAAAUUUAUGAUCCCUCUUCUUUUGCCCAUUUUCAAAUCCUAUAUGCCAGAAGGGAAGAUAGCUUGGGCAUUAUUGAAGUUUUCAUGUGAUGGUAUAUUAGAAGAGCUCUUUGUAAACUUUAAAAUAUUUGAAAAGCAUAGCACUUCUGUGGUUUGGAAGGUUUUAGUAUCAAAUCCAUUCGUAUUCUCUUACUGGUAUCUUCCAGAGGAAAGAGAAAAAGAGAACUAAUGUAGAAACUACAGAGUGCAUGCCUCUGGGCCAGGGGAUUCUUAACAGUGUUUGCAAUCUGUGUAUCUCCUUUGUCCAAUGUGAGAAAUUAGAAGCAUGUUUUCAUACACUUACUGGCUGUUCAUAUAUCUCUGUUAUUUUCAAGUUGAAGUUUCUUCUAAUAGUAUUUCAAUACUAUCUGCAAUUCUGUGGCCUUUAAAUAUGGUUCAUAUUAUAUAGUAGAUAUUGUGACUCUAAAUGUUUUGCAUAUUAUAACAUUUUGAAAGGAAAAACAUUUUUUUUGGAUGGUUUUCUGUCUUUUUAUUAUAGCCUUUUUCUUUUUAAAUUCAAGUGUUUUUGUAUGCUUAGGAAAAGGAUACAUGUAAUAACAUGAUUAGUUAGUUAGUUCUGAGCUGGAAAUUGGAAACUUUUGAAACUCAGGAAAUUGCUCUGACAAUGUUUUAACUGCUCUCAAUGUAAGAAAAUGGCAAAAUGCAUAAAAAAAAAGAUAAAAAUAAUGUGCGGUGUUUUUUCCAGUGCUUUUUCUCAAUGCUUUUUCAUUGUGCAAUGAGGUGAAAUUUGAUGAUAUUUUUGUGUAGUGAUUAAAUAUUGCUUAUUUUUAUUUACAUGUAAAGAACAGAUUGUUUGUGUGGCAAAAAAAGUGUCAUUUAAAAGGCAAAGUAAGUUUAUGUAGAAUGUAUGUUAAUGGUGCUUAUUUUUGAAGUGUAAUUCAAGUUUACAGUAUUACUUAAUGCCUCUUUACAGAAUUUAAUAGAGAAAAAAGGCCAGGACACAUCUGCGUCUUGAAGAGCCUUUUGCAACUUCAUGUUAUAAUAUGACAAGGUUUAUUAUUUUCCUUAAAGUUGAGCAAUUGACUUUUAUGGUCCAAAUGAUGAACCUGUUAUUAAUAAAUGAUUGAAUUAACCAUGAGAUUUUUCCUUAAAAUAUAACAUUGCAGCUAUCAGUUGGAGAAUAUAAGAUCUUCAGAUGGUAUAUCAGAAACAAAAUGUUUUUAUUUGUACUAUAAAGAAAAUGUAAUUUUGCUGUUAACUCUGUACUUUUUUAUUGAAAAUGUUUAUAACUUUGCUUUUAAAAUUUCUUAUGAAACCAUUUGCAAAUUUCACACUUAAUUUAAUAAAAUGCUUUAGCUACAGUCCAGUGUGAGGAAAUCCUUCGUUUGAUGUGGUAGGUUUAGUAACUUAAAUAUUACAGAAUAUUUUUGUGUGUAACUUUGUAAUUUCAGGGGGAAAGGGUCAUAAAAGUUUCAUUUCUGUACCACAGUUUUUCUUCUAGUUGAUUUUGGUAUAAUAAGUAGGGAUCCACUUUUGAACCAGAAAAAUGGAUUAGGUAAGGCUUUUUUUCUUCACACCCUUGUAUCUUUUGAUUGACAUCAAAUGAAGAAUUAUAUCUGUUAGGAACUCGAAUAAUACUUUAAAUAGCAGAAAGGACUUUUGAACUUCAGGAAAGCAGACUAAUUUACUCAUUAACAGGGACUUACAAUAUUUAUUCAAUAAAUAUUUAUUGAGCACUUAUUACUGAGAAUAUAGUGUAAGAUAGCUUCUCUUCACAGGAAUCUUACAAUUAUUCUCACCAACAGUUAUGUGUAUAGUGAUUUAUACUCUGGAACACUUUCAUAUGUUAUAUUUUAAAUCUCAAGAGAAUCUUAUUACAUAGAUGGUGCUAUCCCAAUUUAAUGGAUAAAGAGAUAGGAUUAGAGAAGUUAACUGAUUUGCCAGUUAAUGACAGAGAUACAACUCCAGCCUCAGUUCUCUGAUUCCUAGGAUAGAGCAGCUGCAUCUGUCAUAAGUGUUAGGAUAAUUACUUCAAAAGAUAUAAUACCUCCUCCUGAGAGAGAUGUGGCUACACAGUAUAGGUCUAUAAAAACCUGCCAUUUAUGAAACUGCCUUCUUCCUUUAUCCAAAGAAAGCUGGUAUUUUGUGAAAAGCCCAAUGUCAAUGGCAAAAGAAAGGUUUACUUCUCCCUUAAUAGAAAAUCCCAGGGUCCAAGGACUGAUGGAAGUGCUCUUUUUCAUGAAGUUUGGGGAUCUAGGGCCCUUAUAGCUCACUACGCUGCCAUAGCCAGGCUAUGGCACUCAUUUUCCUAGGCCAGGAUGGUGACUGAACCCCAACUAUCCUAACUAUAUUCUAUUAAAGAAUGGACAAAGAAGGAGGGAGCAAAGAGAAAGUACCAGUGGUCUUAAAGAUUUUUGGAAGCUGCCAUAGGACACUUAUACUUCCAUCCUGUUGGCUGGAGGUUAGUGAUGUGGUUACAUCUAGCUGCAAGGAAAGCUGGGAAAUGGUCUAUUUCAAACUGCCACAUGUUCAGCUAUAUGUCGGGCGUCCUUGAAGGAAAGAAAACGGAAAAGAAGAAUGAAUAACAGUGUCUACCUUAUUAGUUUUUUUUAUCAUGUUGUGCAAAUAAUGUGAAAAUUAGUUUUUUGGGUUUGGUUUUUAAUAUUUUUUUCUUUACUUGUAAAUGGAGACAUACAUUUACUUUAUUUAUUUUUUUAUGUGGUGCUGAGGAUCAUACCCAGUGUCUCACUUGUGCCAGUUGAGUGCUCUAACACUGAGCCACAACUCCAGCCCCUUUUUUCUUUCUUCUUCUUCUUUUUUUUUUUUUUUGUGGUGCUGGGGAUUGAACCCUGGGCAAGCACUCUAUCAGCUGAGCUAUAUCUGUAGGCACCUUUUUUUAUUUUUUGUUUUGAGACAGGAUCCCUGUAAGUUGCUGAGAAUGGCCUUAAAUUUGUGAUCCUCCUGCCUCAGCCUCCUGAGUCACUGGAAUUACAAGUGUGUGCCACCAUGCUUGACUGAAAAUUAGUUCUUGUUGCAUUUCUUCAAUAGAUCUUUGUUGAUGACUUCCAUAUAUGAGAAAUAAUGACAAGGAAAUCACAGCUGUAUAUGUUUUAACUUUAAAUAUUCAAACAAUCUUAGCAAACAAUGGGAUAGAUGACAUGGGCUUUCAGUUGAUGACUUAAUUGCAGGUGGGUUCACCUUUGAUGUGAUAAUUUAAUUGUGGCAACUAGAUGAGGCUUUUAAGUUAUUCCUGGUGAUACUCCUUGGAAAAUGUAUUUGCAUAUUGGCUUGUUUUCCUUUAAAACUCUUUUAAUUGUGACUAUGUCCAAAAGCUUAGUACUUGGUGCAUGAUAUUUAAAGCUAGUAAAAUGGACUAGAAUUGAAUACAUUUAUGUCUGUGAGUCAGAACUGUCAUGCACUAAGUGAGGAGGAAUAAUUCUUUUGGAGGUGGUGAAUCUGAACUUUUUUCUCCUGCUUAAAGUAUUCAAAUGACUUUCUGUAGGAAAAAGAUUAAACACUUCAAGUUCAUGGCUUUUGUGCAUCACUAAAGGUAUAAUCUUGGUACUUUUCGUAGGUUCUGGAGCACUCUUCAUGCUAAUCUUGACUUAUUCUGUUAGAGGUUAUUCAGUUUGAAUUAAACUAAUGAAAUAUUAGCAUUUUAAUACUAGUGAAGUCAAAAUGUAAACAAAUUCCUCAACUUUGGGACUGACUACAUUUUGGGGUAGAGAAAUGACAGAGUAUGUGACCCAUCAAUAGUUGUAUCUCUGGUCAUAUGCAGAAGAGGCUGCAGGGUGUGAAAAUGGGACAAAGAAAUGGGGUGAUGAAGUUGAAUGCUUAUCCACAGGUCUCACAAUGCAGAACUGAAUAUGCUUUCUUUCCUGUGGAUUUAAAGUCAUUUGGUGAAAAUAUUCUUUCAACAAGAAGGUAUGAAAAUAUGUCUAAAUAAUUUUAAACCUGGCUUAGGCUUAUAGGUUGUGUUUUGUUAUACUAGUGGUAGAAUAAAUGAAGUUUUAUUAAAAACGAGGUUCUAAAACGUUGUCCUUACUUGUGAAAUUAUUAUGCCCUCUAAGGAAAAUAGCAUUGGCAAUAUCUAAUGACUUGAGGCAGGUCAUGCUCACAGCAUGAGAACUUUAUUUGGGGAGGAUCAUAGCCUUGAUCUAGUCAUAGAUCUUAGAUUCUUAGGAAAGGAACUAAGUGACAUAAGAGGCCGAACCUGGAAGGAGGUGUGUAAGUCAAAGCGUGUUUCUGGCACUGUUGUCUCAAUUUAGUAUAGGAUAUGUGUAUUUCAUGUGUGUUUCAUAGUUACAUACUAAGGCUGACCCUCCCACUAAGAAAGUUGGGGGAAAAUUAAAAACACCCUAAAAACAUUGCAUAGUUGGCCAGUUAGUAGGGGCUUAUGGGAGAAGUCUAAGUGAAAGCCCUUAAAGGUGCUGUGCAACUUGGAUACUAGUAAGAGACACCCCACAAAGCUAGUACACUAAAAGGCUUUGCCUUUGUGGUGAUGGGGAUGGAUCAGAUAAUUUUGCCCUCCUUUCUGUUCCCAGAAGACUCCAAGGAAGAUAAACAAAGAGACCAAUAAAUUAAUAAAAUGAUCCUGAAAAGUUGUAACAUAACUAGUCCUCACAGAUUAACAGCUUAAAGUCAUAUCACUAGGGGAGACCAAAAAACCCUGCAAGCCAUGAAAUGCAUUAAAAGAGGGUCCCAGCCUGAUAGUGUCACCAUUAGCAGCCUGAUAGAGACAGAUGCAAGUCUUCUCAGAGAUAAUGCACCUUUGUCUUGGAGAAUUAAAUCUGAUCAAGACUCCAGAUUAACAACCACUUUGUAGAAAUUCCAGAAGACAGAAGUACGGAAAAUGUCAGACAAACACUCUCAUCAGGAUACAGUCACAGACUGGGAAACUAGACAACUUGCUUUCUUCAAAAACAAUUGCGAAGAAAAUAAAAUCACACAGAUGAAGGAAGAACUCGCACAUUAAGACUUGAGAAGCAUAUCAACCAUUUGCGAUUUGUGGAUCUUAUUUGGGUAUUGCCUCAGCAAAACCAAAACCAAAACCCCUGUGUAUCAAUAAAAGAUAAUUGGCAAUGUGAA